AUGACAUCACGCUCCGUUCAUGAGCUGCCACGAGUUCUCGCUCCAUUCCCACCCGAUAACCUUCUGAAACCGUCCCGCCCCGUCCCCCGGCGGACCAAGCGAUCCAAUGCGUGCAUAGGGUGUAGGACGCGGAGAAUCAAAUGCGGUGGGACCCAUCCUUGCGACAAAUGCACUGAAUCAGGCCGCAAUUGCACGUUUGUGGUCGAGGGCGAUAGACGCCGCAAAUAUGCACAGAGGCGUGCGGAGAAGGAGCUUCACACCGCAAAUCAGCUCUUAGACGAUAUCAUUAGAGCGUCCAAUGCCGAUGACAGCCCACGGCUCCGCCGGUUACUCUUUGGUGCGCGGGAAUACCGCGCAGGACGCGCAAUUCAUGAUGCCGUGGGGGAUGAGCAGGUCUCGGAAUCUCCAAGUGAUGAAUUCCAACCGAAGAUCGAGGACGAUGCAGCAGUCGAUCUGGACGGGAUUCCCCUGUCUACUUCUGCACGUUUCGAUUCUGUUACACAGUCAAUACCAGUCGGGUCUUUUGAUGAGGUGACAAAAGAUCCUAACCGCGACGAAGCCAGCAGAGCAACUGGAUAUAUUGGCAAAGGGUCUGAGAUUUCAUGGCUACAGGACCUCGGCACUACGCUCAACAAGCUGAAUACAGCGUCAUCCCAGAUCGACAAUUCUUCCACAUCAAUGAAUUAUCACCUCGAUCACGUCCAGAUCCCCGAACCUGUUCCUACCGACCCAAGUUGGCUACCACCGAAACCGUGGGUGGCCCACUUAGUAAAGAUCUUCUUUGAAUCGGUGCAUCCUUCAUUUCCACUGAUCGAUAAAACAUUAUUCACGAUCCAGCUUGAUCAGGCUUACACUUCCUCGGGGCCCGAGCCGUCGCGGAAAUGGCUUGCUGUUCUCAAUAUGAUACUCGCUGUGAGUUCCAGAUACUACCAACUAUCAGAACCAGAUUCGGGCAGAGACAUCGAUGAUCGCGUCUUCCUAUCACGGGCAAUAAGUCUGAGCGCUCCUUCUGGCAUCGCCACGAGGAUCUCAGGGUUACAACAAGUCCAAAUUCACCUACUGCUGGCGGUUUAUUACCUGGCCUCGGGCCAAGUAAACCAAUCAUGGCGGAUAAAUGGUCACGCUGCCCGCUUGGCCAUCUCGAUAGGCCUGAAUCUGCGUGCGGACAGAGACCAGAUAGACGCUUCAUCUGAAGAGACCCGUGCCCGUAUAUGGUGGUCCAUUAUUUCUCUAGAGCACAUACUCUCGGGCAUGACUGGCCGUAUACCAUAUGUUGACUACCAAUCCAUGUCUCUACAUCUACCUUUGCCAUAUGAUGAAAUCCGACUCCAGCAGCCAGCAGCCAGAGAGCUGCAUCGAAAGCAACUUCAGUGGACUAUCAAUUCAACCAACUCCGAACUGUAUACAAGAGACCAGUGGCUCGCAACUAUUAUACCCAGCCAGUCUCUGUAUUUCUUCCAUCUCGCCGAUCUCGCCGUUACCAUGAAUGCCGCCACUCAUGCCGUCUACAGUCUAACGGCCACCAACAGCAGCAUUGAAAACAGUAUCCUGUUCUACCAGGGAAAACUCCAAUCAUGGCUCUCAAGCCUGCAACCCGUCUUCGCAUUCACCGCAUUCAACGCAAAACACACAGGGGAAACGCCAAAGACCCCAUCAACCGACUCUCGAGAACAGAUCGGUCUUGCCUUGGCAUACUACGCCUCCCAGGUUAUACUGAACCGCCCCUGCCUUACGCACCCGGCCAUCAAAGCCGGAACAAACAUCAUGACCCCACGCUCGCAUUUCGGGGACGCCACCGCAAAAUCCUGCGUCCAUUUCGCCCUCGCUAUUAUCUCCGUUCUCCCCGACGAGCCGGAUAUGAAAUGGGUUCUGAAGAUGACCUCGUGGUGGUACCUGCUGCAUACUAUCAUGCGCGCGUUGACGAUUCUGCUGAUCCAGCUGUCAAUCGGCCAGGUGCCGAUCCUUACCACGGACGGGAAUAAAAUGGGCAAAGAGAGAGAAGGAGAGGGCGUCAAGGCCGUUCGAGACGCGUCGAAGAAGGCCCUCUUCUGGCUGCAUAGUAUGGCGAAGCAGGAUCCGAGCUCGAGACGCGCGUUCCAUAUUAGCCAGAAUCUGUUUAACAAUGUCAUGACGCAGAUGCAGGGCGUGCGGGACCCGUCUGCUGUUAUCCCCGUGUCGGGAAAAGAAGACGCCUCUGCGCGACAACCAUCUGGUGAUUCUUCUGGCUUUGCGGCCGCGAAGAUCCUGGGGGAUGUUUUUAAUUGGGGACCGGAUAAUACGGCCUCGGAGAGUAGGGAUGAGCAGCAGCAGGCUCCGCUUUCGUUGGACCCGGCUUUGCUGUCGUUUGAUAAAUAUGAUUCUUAG